AUGAGUGCCAUUACAGACCAAGUAGGAGAUUUGUAUAGCGAUGAAGCUUUACAAAGGCAGCUCAGUGAGAUAUGGCCAAGCUUCGACGCAUCCUACUCUCAGAUGGACUGGGCUUUCCACGACUAUGGCUUUGAUAUGGAGUUCCCUAGUCCCUUCGAUGAUUUUCCAGUUUGA